AUGAAGACGCUUGCACUGGAUAGAGGUGCAGUGAGUGAAGGAAACAGCACCAACAUCGCGCAGUCGCUCGCCUGUAAGCUCGGUGCGAGGGUCGCUUGCGAAACUAUGCGGGUCGGUUUUUCCACGGCGGUGUCAGCAGAAGAGAACAGAACAGAGCGCGACAGAGAAGCCAGAGUGCGUUGCUCCGGGCCAUUGCGACAGCGACACAGGGGCAGGUUUCUCGCGCAGACACCCACGCAUCCGAUGGGCGAACCGCCGUCUGGUUUGUCUCCAGUAGUGAACCUGUUUGGUGUCCCUAUAGACCGCCUGCUACCUGUUCGGCCGGGUCUCCUCACAAGUGUCGCCCCCUCGCAAGUGUCGCCCCCUCGCAAGUGUCGCCCCCCUCGCAAGUGUCGCCCCCUCGCAAGUGUCGCCCCCUCGCAAGUGUCGCCCCCCUCGCAAGUGUCGCCCCCUCGCAAGUGUCGCCCCCUCGCAAGUGUCGCCCCCUCGCAAGUGUCGCCCCCCUCGCAAGUGUCGCCCCCCUCGCAAGUGUCGCCCCCCUCGCAAGUGUCGCCCCCUCGCAAGUGUCGCCCCCUCGCAAGUGUCGCCCCCUCGCAAGUGUCGCCCCCCUCGCAAGUGUCGCCCCCCUCGCAAGUGUCGCCCCCCUCGCAAGUGUCGCCCCCCUCGCAAGUGUCGCCCCCCUCGCAAGUGUCGCCCCCCUCGCAAGUGUCGCCCCCCUCGCAAGUGUCGCCCCCCUCGCAAGUGUCGCCCCCCUCGCAAGUGUCGCCCCCCUCGCAAGUGUCGCCCCCCUCGCAAGUGUCGCCCCCCUCGCAAGUGUCGCCCCCCUCGCAAGUGUCGCCCCCCUCGCAAGUGUCGCCCCCCUCGCAAGUGUCGCCCCCCUCGCAAGUGUCGCCCCCCUCGCAAGUGUCGCCCCCCUCGCAAGUGUCGCCCCCCUCGCAAGUGUCGCCCCCCUCGCAAGUGUCGCCCCCCUCGCAAGUGUCGCCCCCCUCGCAAGUGUCGCCCCCCUCGCAAGUGUCGCCCCCCUCGCAAGUGUCGCCCCCCUCGCAAGUGUCGCCCCCCUCGCAAGUGUCGCCCCCCUCGCAAGUGUCGCCCCCCUCGCAAGUGUCGCCCCCCUCGCAAGUGUCGCCCCCCUCGCAAGUGUCGCCCCCCUCGCAAGUGUCGCCCCCCUCCCGCCACUUUGUUGCCCAUGAGCCCAAGGCGUCGCACCCGCGUUGGAGGCGGUAUUUGCUUCAUGAGGCGCGGAAGGCUGUUUGGCAGCGCACCUGCGGCUGCUGCCGGGCUCCCAGGACUGCGCUCAGCGGCUCGCACAGUAGUAGUGGGGGUCGGCUGUGGCGGUGCGUGCCGCGCGGCCUUCUGCGGCUGAAUCAGCGGCGGCCCACGCGCUGGCACGCGGCACGCAGUGCGUGGCUGUGGCGGGCGGGGUUUCUGCAGGCUGCGCACGCACGGCCGACACACCUGCUGGCGGCCCGCGGCUCGCGGGACGAGGCUGCCGCACCUCGCUGUGCCUUGCGGGGCUCCUACUCUACGCCGCACUGGUAA